UACUAUUUAUUUGGUGUAUUAUAUUGCAGGUGGAGACCAUUUUGGACAGGGAUAACUUUACUUUGGAUGAACUUCUUGAUGAGGACGAAAUUAUUCAGGAAUGCAAAGCUCUCAAUAGUCGCCUUAUAAAUUUGUUUUUCUUUAAGCAUUGCAAUCUCACCGCUUCAAGUUUCAGGUUAAGAAGGAGAAGUUACCUUUCUGAAUUGUGACUCUUUAUUAGCUUGUUCUCUCAUUUGGAAAGCCAUGCCAAAGGUCAAGCGAUUCCGAAAUAUACAAAAAUCAUCACCUCAAACUGAAUCUUUAGGUACUUUACCAUCAACAAAUGCUGCAGUGACUACUCCAUUGAUUGAAGAACAAUCACCAUCAACAAAUCCUACAAUGUCUGAAUCAAUUGAAGUACAACCAACAAAUGAGACCUCAUCACAUGAUUCGUGGAACUCAACACAAUCGAUGUCCACAGAAAACACAGAGCAACCUACAACAUCCAAAAAACAUGUUGGGCGUGAAUCUUCAUCGUAUUGGAAUGUCGAUGCAAUAGACCUACAAGGAGUUAUGAAGAAAAUAAAGGUGAAGGUCAGAGAAGUAAGUAACUUACCUCAUGGACAACGCAUCAUUGUAGACUUUGAUGAGGUAGGCAUGGCUAUAGGCGAAGGGCAAGGAGUACUUGCGGGUUAUUGUGGGAUAUUGGCAACGGACGAUAAUUUAUUUCCAAUCAAUUUUGAAAGGUGGUCUGGAAAAACAGGCAUCCCUAACACCUACUUUUUAGAAUGCUUUAAGGAAAUAUUACAGCUUCGAUUUUGUUUUAAGACUACUGAAGCUAUUGCCCAAAGAUAUUGCAAAUUAACUUUGGGUAAGAAGUGGGCUGCACAUAGACAACGUUUAUGGAAUGAGUUCUAUGAUCCAACAAAAACAAAAGAUCAAAUCAUAUGUAAUGUGCCGACCGGUAUAGACAGAACUCAAUGGGCUCAUUUCGUUACCUAUCGAUAUUUGUAA